AUGGCCACCAUGUGGAGCCGAACUGAAAGACAUAAAUGGAUGUGCCUUUUGUUUAUUGGUGCAGUCGGCCUCUAUGCUUCUAGGGGAGUAAUGCCGAUCGCUUCCGUUGCUAUUGCCUCAGAAUUGAAUUGGAAUCGUAAGGAAAUGGGUUUCAUGAUGGGCAUCUUCUUUUGGGGCUACGCUAUUACACAGUACCUGGGUGGUUAUCUAAGUGAUGUGUUUGGUGGAGAAAUUGUAAUUGCAAUCAGUUCUCUUGGUUGGUCUAUACUAACCGUUUGCUUUAUAUGGCUCCCAAGUAUCAACCUGGGCUCAAAUGAUAUAUAUGGGCUUUUCAUAAUUACUCGCUUUUUACUGGGGAUAUUUCAAGGAUUUUACUAUCCGAGUUUAGCAAGUUUAAUGGCCAAUCGUGUUCAAGUAUCCAAUCGAAAUAUCACUUUUGCUGUGAUAACUGCUGGUACACAUUUGGGAACAAUCUUAUGUGGUUCACUGGGUUCCUACUUAGCUGAAAACGAUGGCUGGCGUACACCGUUUUUCUGGAUUGGAAUAUCAUUUUUUGCAUGGUCUUACAUUGUCUAUUUAAUUGUUACCCGUGAAACUAAGAGACCACAUAAAUUGCAUUUAAUUUUACCUAGAAUACUAACAAAUUCAUAUUUUAUUAACAAGAAUGUAACAAUAAGUCGGGAAUUGAAAUCAGAAAAUUGUGUUAAAAUAUUAGAUGUGGAAGAAAAAAUGACGCCGUCAGAAUCAACAUUUGUCUAUAUAGACUCAAAAAGUAUCGAUAAUGAUUCUGUAUCUAGUGUACCUUUACGACAUUUAAACUGGUCUCUUCUUUUCAGACACAAACCAUUUUGGGUUAUGCUUUUGGCUAAUUUUGUUCACAAUAAUACAUUUUAUAUUAUCCUCAACUGGUGUCCUUCGUAUUUCCACGACAAUUAUCCCGAUGCAAGAAGUUGGGUUUUCAAUAUGGUCCCAUGGCUAAUUAUAUUCCCAUCUGUUUUAUUAGCUGGUGCCUUAUCUGAUCACUGGAUUAAAACUGGUGUAUCUGUAACAAUAGUGAGGAAAAUAAUUACGACAGUUGUUCUUUUGGGUUCAUCUUUAUUUCUUAUCAUCUUAUCAUCUCUGGAUAAUUAUUAUGGGUCACUAAUUUGUAUGGCUUUUGCAUUAGCCUGUUUAGGCUUUCAUUGCAGUGGUGUACUGUUAAAUCCUCAAGAUAUGGCUCCCAAUCAUGGUGGUCAGUUGUACGGAAUUAUGGCUACCGUUGGUACAUUUCCAGGAUUUGCAGGUGUCUAUAUGGUUGGUUAUAUAUUAGAAGCUACAAACCAAUGGUCUGUGAUCUUUAUAAUGACUGCUUUCGUUAGUAUUGCGGGUUGGGUUGGAUACGUGUUGUAUGGAUCAUCAGAAAUUCUCUUUUAAGUCAUAAUUUUCUUGAAAUAUCAAUAUUUAAGUUUCUUUAGAAUACGAACAAUAGUGAUUUUGAAUUGUUACUUUUAUUCUUACAUCAUAUUUACAUAUCAAAUCUGUACAAAUGGACAAACUGAAAGUGAGGUGAUAACCUACGUAUCUUAGAUAUUUCCAAUAAUUUAUGUAUGUUACAUGUUUAUAUUGGUUUGGAUAUGCUGUUUUUCGUCGAAUAGUUAGAGCAAAGAAACGUUCAUGCAUUUUUUUUUGUGUAUGUUACUAUUUCUUUGUAAGACAUUCCUAAACAUCAUCGGGCGAAUUGUUUCAAUUUCAAUGAUUCGCAUAAAUUGAAAAC